AUGGCUUCAAUAUCUACCCUUCGCGAAAGCCAUGUUACUACCUUUUCAACCACGACUGUUCCAUACACAGAUCCAGUUGUUCAAGUUCCUACUCAGCCAAGCACUGAUAAUGUCGAGCCCACCCUCCUUAGAAACAUUAACCUCUACACCACCACCAACACCAUUGUCGCCGAUAUCGUCAUCGUCAUCGUCAUCGUCAUCGUCAUCCUUGCGGAAGAUGCGCCUGUGUUUGAGGCAAAUGAAGAGCGAGAAGUAUUCAGAAAGGGUGUAGAGACAUCAAUCGAAGAUGAGCACGAUGGAUAUGUAGUCUCACCAAUCGAGGAACAGGGAGAAGAAAGAUGGCCGGAGGUGGAAGGGCAGAAGGCAGGAAGACCAAUAUCUGGUAAUAUCCCCUUGAUUUUUCAGUGGGAGAAAAGAGCAGAACAGAAAAGAGAUUCGACAACUGGUACGAUUGGACAGACAAUGUAG